AAUUUCAUUUGUCCCACGCACGCUUUCUGGGGAAGGGACCCUGCCGGCUAACAACCUCAAAGACAGUGGCCCCAAAUUCAAGGCUGCUCCACCGAGUGACCUCCCCGCUCUCGCCCGCAGGCCAGGCGCGCCCACUGCCCACACCGCCGCCACGACUGCCUCUCACCCUGGUCCAGUUUUGCUUCCGGGGUGAGGGCCACGCGGAGUGGCCGGUCUCCCCGAGCCGGGGGCCGUAGGGCCGGGCCGUCCGUGCCCUCCGCACGCCCGCCGGGGCUUUCGGUCCGGCGUGUCGCCGCGUUCAGCACGCUCUCCCCGGGCCGAAUUCCUUUCCGUUCCGCUCCGGGGCGCCCGCGGUCGGCGCUGCCCCCAGGAGGCGCGGGACACAAACCCGCCCCCGCCCCGCGUCCGUCGAGCACCGGCGUUCGACCUGGGGCACAGCCCCCGCACCCCAACUCCCCUCGGACCGAGUCCGCCGGAACCGAGCCCGCGCUCCACCUCCGCCGGCCUCGCAGACGGCAAAGGGAGAUGAAAGCAUGGAAAUUAAAAAACAAAUCACAGGGAUGAGAAGAUUACUGAAUGACAGCACUGGGAGGAUAUACCAGCGUGUUGGCAAAGAAGGAGAAAAAUUAAAAGAAGAGCCCCAAGAUUUGGAUCUAGUGUGGCCUCCGCGUUUGAACUCCUCUGUGGAGGCACAGAGCCUCCCCCCUUCUUCACGAGCAUGGAAUGAGCUACCACCCCAAAGUGAGCAGUUCUCAGGGCAGUAUGGUACCCGUUCUAGAACCUUCCAGAGUCAGCCACUCACUGCUGCCAGCUCCAAUGGCACAUGUCAUUCUUUUCUCUCGUGCUCAGGAGAAUUUCCAGUGGCGAAUUUGUCAACUGGAUCAAACUGCUGUACUUGUAACUGCCAGUCAACGUUGCAGGCCAUUCUCCAGGAGCUCAAGACCAUGCGGAAAUUAAUGCAGAUCCAAGCAGUUGGAACUCAAAACAGACAACAACCCCCAAUUUCCCUUAUAUGCUCCCAGCGAACUGCUGUCUCGCGCAAGAGAAAUAGAAAGAAAAAAGUGCCCCCAAAGCCUGCAGAACCUGUUACUGGGAAGCAGAAGGCCAGUGUGGUAGUAGCGGAGAAGAAGCCAGCGGCAGUGGCCUUGGCGCAGUCUUCAGUGCAAGCCACCACCGAGCACACCGCCAGCGAGCAGAGCCGCAUCCUGGGCCUUGGCAUUGUUCUCCAGUCACCUUCCUCAGAUCCAGAAGUGCAACUUGCUGAAGGCUUUGACGUGUUCAUGCCUAAAUCGCAGCUGGACUCUAUACUGUCAAACUACACGCGCUCAGGAAGCCUUCUGUUUAGAAAACUGGUGUGUGCAUUUUUUGACGACAAGACUUUGGCUAAUUCCUUACCCAAUGGGAAGAGGAAAAGAGGACUGAAUGACAACCGGAAAGGACUAGACCAGAAUAUUGUGGGUGCAAUAAAAGUCUUCACAGAAAAGUACUGUACUGCUAACCAUGUGGAUAAGCUUCCUGGCCCAAGAGACUGGGUACAGAUUCUACAGGAUCAAAUUAAACUGGCCAGAAGAAGGUUGAAAAGAGGCUCAGCAGAGGUAGUGGACGGUGAUGACAGACUGGACAGCGUUUCUCUGCCACCGACAGGAAAAAAGCCUGAGGCCCAGAACCAUUAAGUGACUGUGCCAAGGUCUCAGCUGUUUGACGGCCCGGCCCGGCCCCUGGACCCCAGCCGCUGUGCGCAGAGCUGUGGAGCUGUGGCGCUCUCACGCCCAAGCCCAAGCCGGCCUCCCUCUGCAUGCUCCUUACCGCUGCUCUGCUCGGAGAGGAUGGCUGUGCUCUCCCCAGGGCCCCAUCCCGCCCAUCCCGGUGUCUCCGUCUCCACAGGCACUGGAUGUGGGCAUCGGCGUACCCAAAGGCCACUGCAGGUUAAGCUCUGGCUCAAGUCCUGUCUCAGAUUUUGCCCCGAACUGUGAGGUUGUAGUUAAGGAAGUGGUAGAACACAUCCACAGGUCUUCUCACUAGACUACUGAUAGGUGUUUAAUGAAAUCACUGUACAGCAUGAUCGUAAAAUGUUCAUCACUUCAGAAAAGGGAGAAAGAAGUCACAAGCUCACGCCGAAGUUUGGCAGUGAUAAAGUGCGCCAGCCUUCACCGCCUCACGCGCCUUGUGGUCACGCCCCUACAGUGAAACCCCGGACUGCUUGGCUUGAACCUGGGCUUCCUGCUUCCCCGUGGGCCCUGACGCGACCCUCACUGUCCCCGUCUGAGCCCGCCACUGUGGUCCUCUGCGAGGUUCAUCAGUACCUCUAUUACCAUUUUCAGGCCCUUUUCUCUUCCAGUUUUGCGUGUGUUGGGGAGAGGCAGGGAAGAGCUGGAAGCCCUUGACUAUUUCUGAGAUUCAGACGAUCACAGUCAGUGGUCGAAUGAUAUUUGUCUGGGCCAGCUGCAUUUAAGCGCCUGUUUGUCUAGUUUUAACAAAAACAGACUCAGAUUCCGUGGUGGGAAAAUGUGUUUUCUUAAUUUAUUCCCGUUCGGCGCUGCUGGUGGAGUCUUUCGAAUGCCCACCAGGAGUCGGCCCCGGGCUGGGCUCAGCACACACAUGCCUGCCCCCCUGGACUGGGGGAGGUGGGGACACCUCCUUCGCGGCUCUGGCACAGAUGUGGAGAGCAAGGGCCAGGGAGGAAAACCCUCCGAGAGUGUGGGAACAGUGGGCGGUUGAAAGGAGCCCAGGGCAGUUAACAUCUGAACAGUGCUUUCUGACGUGUAAAAUGGGGCUUCUGAAUUCAAAAUAGUGGGCUGAUGUUCAUUGGGGUUCAGCAGUUUGCAUCACAGAUUGGCAUUCUUUUACACACUUUAAAAAAAAAAGUUUUGGGAAGAAAAUUUAAAGUUACCACUCAGAGAUGACCAUUGUUGGGUGUUUUCCCCAGACUUUUCUGUAUAUGUAUUUGUUUACUGAGGUAAUGGAGAGCCUAUAUGUACAAUUAGUUUCCUGAAUUUCGGGGACUUUUUCACGAGAAGCAUUUCCCCUUUUUAUUACCAGCCUCUGUACGCGUCAUCUGUGGCUCGGUGCUCUGUUGAACAGGUUAGCCCUCCUUAGCCCUCUUCUAUCAUGGGCAAUGUAGGGCAUCCUCAGCAGGGGCACACGUCCACCGGCUUUGUUCCCAGUCCCUAAGACCGGCCACUUAGCACCACUUACCCUCAGCUGAGACGUGCCAGCCUAACUGCAGUGCUGGCCCUUCCCGAGAGCCCCCACUUAUCCCAGACACCCAGCUCUUCCUCGGAUGUGCCGCCCCCUCAUUGUCCUGUCUCUGUUGUAGGUUGUACAUUUGACACCAGCAGAGAAGCACAGGGGAUGCAGAACCCAGGUUCUAUUGCCCAGACUUGGGUUUUAGUGACCUUUGUCAUUAGCAUAUGUAACUCUUGCCUUUGAACUGCUUCAGAGAUCCAGGGGGCAUUUUGGAUCCAAGCAAAGCACGGGUGUUGUGUGAAGUCUGAAUAGUUCCAUACGCCUUCUUUGUAUUGUGUGAUAAUCGAGCCUCCGAUUUAGUAUAAGACUUUUAAAAAUCAUUUUUUUAAAAGUUGAUUUGUUGCCCUUGAAAAGUCCAGUGUGUGAUCUAGUUAGCUGAUUGUCCAGCGCAAAGAAGCCAUUUCCCCCUUUUCUAUUCAUUUGUAACCUCAGUGCAGAGUUUGGGAGCAUAUUUAUUUUAAAGUAAAUGUGUUAGCUCAUAUAGAGAAGCACGGCUCUUUCCAGGACGGAGGGUGUUUGAGAAAGCCCACGUGAGCUAGACGUUCUUCAGCACAGAGGAAAAAGUUGUUUGAGGAGACAGGGCAGCUCUGACCUUUUAGACAAAAUCAUUUAUAAUGUCAGUGCCCCCAGAAAUAGCCAUUGUAACGGAGCAGGUAGUGCAAACGAUGUACGAAUUCAUAGGAAGGAAGAACCUUUCUCGUAAGUUGCAUUGGCCCAAUGACAAAACAACUUGCUCAGAGGUGAAAGGCUCGGAGUAAUAGUUACCAGCUGGAUAGCUAACGACCAGUCAACAGAAGGUUUUACCUAUCCGCGGGGUCCAGGUUUUGAUGUUGUAAGGUGAGCUGCCGCAGAGUACCUGCUUCAUGUUCUCGUUUCUUGGCUCCUGGCACACCUGCCCUCCACUUUCUAUAACCAACACGAGAAAGGCUGGAUUGAUUUCAGACAUAUCUUGCCAUGUGGCUGUUUGUUUUGCACAUGUAUUUACCUCUAGGUUUCAUAAAAUAGUACCGCUUAGAAAUACUGCAUCGUUACCUCAUUUAUUAUAUAAAGCAAAUUGCCCUGAAUGUUGGCACUUUACCUAAAGACCAAAAACUGGCAGGAAAGAAAUUUGACCGUAGACCCCCAAAGCAGGGUUCAGCAUUGCCAUGCCGACAGUGUAACCCUUCGCCCCGCACUCAUCUCCUCAGCCUGUUGGAGCAGGCACGCCCUUCAGGGCUCUGUGAGAGACUGAGGGGUGAAGGUGAGAGCUGCCCAGCGUCAGGUGGCCCUUCCGUGCACACUGGGCACAGGGCCAGGCUGUCCUGCCCACCCUGUCAAGGUACUGUGGUGCCAUCGCUGUGGCAUGAAGACCAGCUAAUAACUGAAGAUGCACCACGUCCCCACAAUGUGACAGGAGACUGGUCUGCCUGUGGCUUAUGGAAUCAGUCUCACUCCAGACAGUUACAGCUCAUGUCUGUGUGUCUUUCCUUUUUCUUCUUUUUAAAGCUGUAAGCAAGGUUCAGAGAAAUUAUUUCCAUCGUACCUUUUGAGUAGCCUUUUCCAUUUCCAGCCAGUAAGUAAUCCUUUUCCUGAAACCAGUCCCUUGCUUUAGCAAGUGGUGUGAUCAACUGCUAUGUACAAACCAGGGUUUUUGUUUUUCUGCAGCAUAUGCUCAAAAAUUUGUCUUCUGCCUUCCAGAUUGAAAUAUUCCUCAAGGGAAUAGAAAAGAUUAAUUAGUGACCUUUCACUCUGCUAAGCUUUGAUGAAUAUGUUGCUAGGGAAGGUAGAAACAUCUACGCACAACUGCAGGUCUCUUAGAUAUGCACCAGGAGGCUUCAGAAGCACUUCCUGUCGAGGCUGGGUGUGGCUUGGAGUUUUCAGCGCUUGAGCAGGGGUAGGGGCUGUUCAACUCUCGAUGUGUGCAAUGGAUUCCCUAAUUGGAAAUGCAUAGCAAAACUGCAACCAUAAAAUCAUACUUUGUAAAUUCAAAUUAUAUUUGUGUUAACUUACUGUGACUACUGUUCAGACUUUGUUCAGAAAUCCUUUUUAUAGGCUUUCUUAGCAAAAAUAAAAUUCCAUAUCUAUGGAUAACAUCUCAAUCUUCUGUAUAUAUGUUUUAUUAAUAUGUAAAUAUUUAGAUUUUUAAAAAUUACUAUGUUCUUUUAAAAAGAAUUCAGCGCAAGGUUAGUGGUGAAAUGGUGUAUAACGUUGUGUUGUGAUAUCAACUCCCAAGAUGCUCUUUACAUCCGUCCUGGAAGAACACAAUAAAUUAGUUUAAUGGAA